CUGAACGCGCGCACCGUCAGCCACGUCACCGAGACUCCGCACUGUACAGUGUCGCUCAUUCCGAUACAUAUUUAUAUAGAGAGAGAGAGACAGAGAGAGAAAAUAAUAAUAAUAAAAACUAAAGAUCUUUACUGACAUCAGGAGUCUGUGUGGACAUGACGCGCACGCGCUGAGCUGCAGUUAGAAAGAGUUUUGAUUUGUGCAGGACGAACAUCUGAUCUCUGAACAGCUGCAAACAAAACUCAAUCAUUUCUGAACGAUCAUUAAGAUGAACAUCUUUCGACUGUCUGGAGAUAUCUGUCAUCUCAUCGCCAUCAUUAUCCUGUUCCUGAAGAUAUGGAGAUCCAAAUCAUGCGCAGGGAUUUCCGGGAAGUCUCAGGUGUUGUUUGCGCUGGUCUUCACCACCAGAUACCUGGACCUCUUCACAUCCUACAUCUCCGCUUACAACACUGUCAUGAAGGUGGUGUAUCUGCUGCUGGCGUACUCCACCGUGAGUCUGAUCUUCUUCCGCUUCAGGAACUCGUAUGACUCUGAGAGCGACUCCUUCCGUGUGGAGUUCCUGCUGGUGCCGGUGGCCGGACUCUCCUUCCUGGAGAACUACGCCUUCACCCCGCUGGAGAUUCUGUGGACGUUCUCCAUCUACCUGGAGUCGGUGGCCAUCCUGCCGCAGCUCUUCAUGAUCACUAAGACAGGUGAGGCGGAGUCCAUCACCACACACUACCUGCUGUUCCUGGGCCUGUACCGCGCGCUCUACCUGGCCAACUGGCUCUGGAGGUUCCACACCGAGGGCUUCUACGACCAGAUCGCCGUGGUGUCCGGAGUGGUGCAGACCAUCUUCUACUGCGACUUCUUCUACCUCUACUUCACCAGAGUGUUGAGAGGAAGUGGAAAGAUGUCUCUGCCAAUGCCGGUGUGAGUUUCCAGCAGUGACAUCAGCAGUGACAUCAUCAUCACGCCCAGCAGUGACAUCAUCAUCACAGGCCAGCACUGUACAUCUGCAGUGUGUGUGUCUGUGUGUAAACGUGCCUUACAGAGUGUGUGCGUGCGUGCGUGUGUGUGUUUACAGAACACUCCAUAUUCUUCGGUUAUCUUUGCUUUUCUCCUUAAUCCUCGUUGUGUCGUUGUGUGUGUUUGUCAUUAUGCAGUAAAUCAUUUUGUCGUCACAAUAUAAAAUGUUUUGGAUUUUAAUGAGGGACGUUUGAUUUGGAGGUGCCAAUAUUCCCGCCAGGAUCCUGAAUGUUUGUAUUAACAGUGUGUCAGUCAGAGAAGACAUUUAUUAUGAAUGUCUGGCAAUAUUAUCAUCAUCAUCACUAUUAUUAUUAUUAUUAUUAGAUGAGCUUGUAUGAAGAAGAGCGGUUCAUCUGUCCUGGUUUUUAUAAAGCGUCUUUUAUAAAGCAUGAAAAUAAAGAGUUUCUCUCUCUGUA